CUUUCACCAGCCAUGAGGCUUCCUCUGCUUUGUGCCUCUGUGAUGCUAAUAAGUCUGUCCCAGUGCCGAGCUGUCAGCUUCCCUGAAGAUGAGGACCCUAUUAACAUUGUUGACUACCACUAUUCAAGGCAAUACCCAGUAUUUAGAGGACGCCCUUCAGGCAAUGAAUCUCAGCACAGACUGGACUUCCAACUGAUGUUGAAAAUUCGAGACACACUUUAUAUCGCUGGCAGGGAUCAAGUUUACACUGUAAACUUGAAUGAAGUUCCAAAAUCGGAAGUUACUCCAAGCAGGAAAUUAACAUGGAGGUCAAGGCAGCAGGACAGAGAGAACUGUGCAAUGAAAGGCAAGCAUAAAGAUGAAUGCCAUAACUUCAUUAAAGUCUUUGUUCCAAGAAACGAUGAGAUGGUAUUUGUCUGUGGAACAAAUGCAUUUAAUCCUAUGUGCAGAUACUAUCGGCUGAAUACGUUAGAGUAUGAUGGGGAGGAAAUUAGUGGUUUGGCAAGAUGCCCAUUUGAUGCCAGACAAACCAAUGUCGCCCUCUUUGCUGAUGGAAAAUUGUACUCAGCAACCGUAGCAGAUUUCCUGGCAAGUGAUGCUGUUAUUUAUCGCAGCAUGGGGGAUGGAUCUGCCUUAAGAACAAUAAAGUAUGAUUCCAAAUGGAUAAAAGAGCCACACUUCCUCCAUGCCAUAGAAUAUGGGAACUACGUUUAUUUCUUCUUUCGAGAAAUUGCUGUAGAGCACAAUAAUUUAGGCAAGGCUGUGUAUUCCCGUGUGGCACGCAUAUGCAAAAAUGACAUGGGCGGUUCUCAGAGAGUCCUGGAAAAACAUUGGACAUCCUUUCUGAAAGCUCGGCUCAACUGCUCAGUUCCUGGAGAUUCAUUCUUCUACUUUGAUGUUCUACAAUCUAUCACAGACAUAAUAGAAAUCAAUGGAGUCCCCACGGUUGUUGGUGUAUUCACUACACAGCUUAACAGCAUCCCUGGUUCAGCAGUCUGUGCUUUCAGUAUGGAUGACAUUGAGAAGGUCUUCAAAGGGAGAUUUAAAGAACAAAAGACUCCUGACUCUGUUUGGACAGCUGUACCUGAAGACAAAGUACCAAAGCCAAGACCUGGCUGCUGUGCAAAACAUGGCCUAGCAGAAGCUUACAAAACCUCCAUUGAUUUCCCAGACGAAACGUUGUCCUUCAUUAAAUCUCAUCCUUUGAUGGAUUCAGCUGUUCCUUCAAUUGUUGAGGAGCCUUGGUUUACCAAAACACGUGUCAGAUACAGAUUGACAUCAAUUGCUGUAGACCACGCUGCUGGACCAUACCACAACUACACAGUCAUAUUCGUUGGCUCUGAAGCAGGAGUAGUACUUAAAAUCUUGGCAAAGACCAGGCCUUUCUCUUUGAAUGACAGUGUAUUACUGGAAGAGAUUGAAGCAUAUAAUCAUGCAAAGUGUAAUGCUGAGAGUGAGGAAGACAGAAGAGUCAUCUCCCUUCAGCUAGAUAGAGACCACCAUGCUUUGUUUGUGGCAUUCUCCAGCUGCGUCAUUAGAAUUCCUCUGAGUCGGUGUGAGCGUCACGGGUCAUGUAAAAAGGCAUGUAUUGCUUCACGGGACCCAUACUGUGGCUGGUUAGACCAUGAGGCAUGUGGAAGAGUGACACCGGGCAUGCUAAUGCUGAAGUUCUCUUUAUUUGUUUCAUACAACCACAGCACUGGAGGAUAUGUACAAGAUGUAGAAUAUGGCAACACAGCGCAGCUUGGGGACUGCCAUGAAAUUUUGCCUACUACAGCUACACCAGAUUACAAAAUAUUUGGCGACCCAACAUCUGACAUGGAGUUCUCCUCAGCUUCCAUUACCACAAUGGCAAGUAUCCCAGUUAUAUCACCUAAAGUGAUUGGUUCCUGGAAACCUAAAGUGACUGGCUCUCGGAAAUUUGUAGUUCAAGAUGACCCAAACACUUCUGAUUAUUCUGAUCCAUUAUCAGGUGUCCCAAAGGGUGUAAGGUGGGAAGUGCAAUCAGGAGAGUCCAACCAAAUGGUACACAUGAAUGUCCUAAUCACUUGUGUCUUUGCUGCUUUUGUCCUGGGAGCCUUUAUUGCGGGAGUGGCCGUUUACUGUUAUCGGGAUGUGUUUGUACGGAAAUCCAGAAAAAUACACAAAGAUGCAGAAUCUGCGCAGUCCUGUACUGACUCCAGUGGGAGCUUUGCUAAACUGAAUGGGCUGUUCGAUAGUCCCGUCAAGGAAUAUCAACAAAACAUUGAUUCACCCAAACUCUACACAAACCUGUUGACUAGCAGAAAGGAAUUGCCACCAAAUGGUGAUACGAAGUCCAUGAUGAUGGACCACAGGGGCCAGCCUCCAGAAUUAGCUGCACUUCCAACUCCUGAAUCUACACCAGUUCUUCAACAAAAGACUCUGCAGGCCAUGAAAAGUCAGUCGGAGAAAGCACAUAGUAAUCUCAAUGCUUCACGAAAGGAAACCCCACUAAAAAGCCCUCAGUUUUUUCCUUCCAGUCCUCCACCCCACUCUCCUCUAAGUCAUGGACAUAUCCCUAGUGCUAUCGUUCUUCCCAACGCUACUCAUGAUUACAAUACAUCUUUCUCAAAUUCUAACGCGCACAAGGCAGACAAAAAGAUGCAACAUAUUGAUCAUCCACUCACAAAACCAUCCAGCAAAAGAGACCACAGGAGAUCUGUUGAUUCCAGGAACACCCUGAAUGAUUUCCUGAAACACUUAAAUGAAACUACUAGUAAUCCCAAAGCAAUUAUGGGAGAUAUCCAAGUGGCCCACCAGACUUUAAUGCUGGAUCCAAUGGGAAAUAUGUCUGAGAUACCACCUAAAGUUCCCAACCGGGAGGCAUCUUUGUACUCUCCUCCAUCGACUCUUCCAAGAAACAGCCCCACAAAACGGGUGGAUGUUCCCACCACGCCUGCAGUACCAAUGACCUCUUUGGAAAGGCAGAGAGGUUAUCACAAAAAUUCUUCACAAAGGCAUUCAAUAUCUGCCCUUCCUAAAAACUUAAACUCACCAAAUGGUGUUUUGUUAUCCAGACAGCCCAGUAUUAAUCGGGGGGGGUAUGUGACUCCCACAGCAGGCUCAAAGAUGGACUACAUUCAAGGGACGCCUGUCAGCGUUCACCUCCAGCCUUCCUUGUCCCGGCAAAGCAGUUACACGAGCAACGGCACCCUUCCUCGUACAGGCAUAAAGAGGACACCCUCCUUAAAACCUGACGUGCCACCAAAACCCUCAUUCGUUCCUCAGACAACGUCAGUCAGACCACUGAACAAAUACAGUUACUAG